AUGCAACCUGACAACGAGCUACCAGAUACCGAAAAGAACAUAACGAACAGACUACUUACCCGAAACCUGCCGAAUAUGCAGCAGAGGAAUUGGCGUACCGUGAAAAUGCUGAAGUUAUCGACAAAGGACAUCUUUCUAUAUAAGCACACUAUCGUUCGAAAUGCUUCUUUCACGAAAAACUAUACUUUAGUCGCGGAUAUCUCAAAGUUAGAUAUUCCACUACUGUCCACUAAACGUCAAUUCUAUAGCUACACUACGGACGAUUUAAUUUUUGGCAUUACCACCACUGUCGAUCGCCUAGUUCAUCUCAUUCGCAGUUUACGAUUUUGGACUCGUGACGCAGGUAUCCAGUGUUUAGUUAUGUUUCAUCAAACAGAAAGAAACAAGCUUGAAACCGUACAAAAACUUUUUGAAAUGGAACGAAUUCCUUGUUUCAUCGAUAUAACUUUCACAGAAAGAUAUGAAGAACGAUUUUUCGAUUUAGUAAAUCGAACAUGGAGCCUGGUACCUAAUGAAAGCGGCAAUUAUACAGAGAAGAAAGUUAAAUGGCUGUUAAUAGGCGAUGACGAUACUUUAUGGUUUAUUCCACAUCUACUUCAAGUUUUAAAUAAUUACAACUACAAAAAACCAAUCUAUCUAGGUGAUCAUAGUGAUAAUCUUGCCGCAGUCAAAACAUUUGGUCGAUAUUUUGCCUAUGGUGGAGGUGGUAUUGCAUUUAGCCAGCCUCUUGUGCAGAAUCUAGUUCGUAAUAUAUCUGAUUGUAACAAAUAUAGAUCAUUGUUUGGGGGUGAUAUGAUGCUUGGAAAAUGUGUAACUGAAGUAACCAGAGUACAAUUGUUACGGAAUACAAGGUUUCAUCAAAUGGACAUACGUGGAGAUGCGACAGGCUACUUUGAAAGUGGAAUUCAGGGUUUAGUUACUCUUCACCAUAUGUUCUCUUGGUGGUCACCAGUACCUGCAUGGGUCAGUGAAGAUAAAGAAGAUAUCGUAGCUCGAUUUUAUCAAGCUUAUCGAAGUACUAAUUUUUCUUACUUAAAGCGAUACAUUUGGAUUGAUUCGGAGUACAAUAAGACACUUGUUCUCACAUUAGGAUAUUCUAUUACCGUAUACAAUCAACCUCUCAAAUUUGAAGAAAUCAAUGCUGUGGAGGCCACAUUUUGUUGUGCAGAAUUAAGUCGUCGAACACGAACGCCAAUUGCUAAGAGACAAACUUGGUAUUUUGCCAGAUCGUACACAAAAAAGUAUUUUACCGGUGCCAUAAUACAUCACUUAUACGAAUAUUCAGCAUAUGCCUCCAAUUCGAGCUAUAUCUUAGUAAAAUUGUAUACUUAG